UGCCUAAUAACGCCUUAUAUUUCACAAACAAUCAUGACAUUUUUAUCAGCACGCUGCUCCUUGCAGCUGCGCUGGAAUGAGAGGAUUAGAGCGUGUUGAAACUAGGCUGCCGUGCGCGGGAUGCUAUAGCGCACAGGUUAAUUUCAUUAAAACCAAGCCAACUCGGGACCUAGAGAUGUCGCCAGGGGAGCUUUUCAUUCAGCUUGCCAACGGAGGAGAAGUCUCUGUAAAAUACGGCUUCAUGAUGGAUUCCUCUGAAGAACGACGUCUCGGGGAAGCUGGUGAACGGCAGGGGAAUCUCAGCCCCCGGUGGCCAGGAUAAUGAUGCUAGUGAGGAUGUGAGGAAACGAUUCGCACUCCUUCUCCCUCUGCGUUUCUCCGGCUGUGGAAGAGGAGGGGGGAAUCGAUGAUCCGUUUCCAGCCAACGGAGCGACACUCGCGACACACACAGGUGCACUUUUUGUUUCGAGUGAGGUAGUGUUUGUGUAUUUGCAGUGGUAUAAAUGCAUGAGAUUACAGAUGUCAAGAGUCGACAGGACUGCCUCCAUCAUAGAUUGAUUGAAAGGCUGAAAACAACAGCGCGAAAGAGCAAGAGGGAACAGAUUCCGAGAGGGUGAUAGAUGGCACACUGCUGCUUUUCCGGACAUUGGGAGUGAGAGAGAGAGAGAGAGAGAAACAGUUGUGUGACGUGUGUGUGUGUGUGUGUGACAACGUUCCCUCAGUGCGUAGUGGAGAGACAGGUCUGUGCGCUGACACUCACUCGAACGGGCUGAUGCACUCCGGAGCUGAGAGCAGGACCCUCUGGGAAACGUGUGCCGCUCGAACUGUCGGAGAUGCUUUGAAGACUCGGAGCUCUGCGCUACACGUGUUGAAUCGCAUACCUGCGUAUCCCUCUGCGUCUUAACAUACUCCACACGCCCGUGCAAACCAUGGAGUCUCUGGCCAACGACACGGACGGGCUGGAGAACUCCUUGAAGUACUCCAAGUGCGACCAGACGGAGAAGAUGUGGAUUAGGCUGAAAGGAAUGCAGAAGUACAAAAGCACAUAUCAAAGAUUGAGAUGUCUGGUGAAGCAGCUGGAUAAGGGGGAGGUGAAUGUCGUAGAUCUGAGGAAAAACAUUGAAUAUGCCGCAUCAGUUCUAGAGGCCGUGUACAUCGAUGAAACUAGGCGGCUUCUGGACACCGAGGAUGAGCUCAGUGAUAUCCAGGCAGACUCUGUGCCCAUGGAGGUGCGAGAUUGGCUGGCCUCCACCUUCACCAGGAAGAUGGGAGUGGUGCGCAGACGGCCCGAGGAGAAGCCCCGGUUCCGCAGCAUCGUUCAUGCGGUUCAGGCUGGGAUUUUUGUGGAACGAAUGUACAGAAGAACAUCCAACAUGGCAGGGUUGACCUAUCCACCAUCUGUCAUUUCAGUUCUAAAGGAUGUUGAUAAAUGGUCAUUUGACGUCUUCACGCUCCAAGAGGCGAGCAGCGAACACGCUCUGAAGUUCCUGGUGUAUGAACUGCUCACCAGAUAUGACCUGAUCAGCCGCUUCAGGAUACCAGUGUCCUCCUUGGUGUCAUUCGUGGAAGCUCUGGAAAUGGGCUACAGCAAGCACAGAAACCCCUACCACAAUCUGAUCCACGCUGCUGAUGUCACGCAGACGGCACACUAUCUGAUGCUCCACACCGGCAUUAUGCAUUGGCUCACUGAACUGGAAAUAUUGGCCAUGGUGUUUGCUGCUGCUAUCCACGACUUUGAACACACUGGAACGACCAAUAACUUCCACAUCCAGACCAGAUCAGAAGUGGCCAUCCUGUACAACGAUCGCUCGGUUCUGGAAAACCAUCAUGUAAGCGCAGCCUACAGGCUCAUGCAAGAGGAUGAGAUGAACAUCCUGGUCAACCUCUCAAAAGAUGACUGGAGGGAGCUGCGGACACUGGUGAUCGAGAUGGUCAUGAGCACAGAUAUGUCCUGCCAUUUCCAGCAGAUCAAGACCAUGAGGAACACACUGCAGCAGCCGGAGGGAAUAGACAAGGCUAAAGUGCUGUCCCUGAUGCUGCACGCGGCUGAUAUCAGUCACCCUGCUAAGGGCUGGAAGCUGCACUACCGCUGGACACAAGCCCUCAUGGAGGAGUUCUUCAGACAGGGUGACAAGGAGGCAGAACUAGGGCUGCCGUUCUCUCCACUAUGUGACCGGAAAGCCACCAUGAUUGCCCAGUCUCAGAUAGGGUUCAUCGAUUUUAUCGUCGAACCCACGUUCUCUGUUCUGGUCGACACCACAGAGAAGAUUAUUAGUCCUCUCAUAGAGGAAGCUGUAAAAUCUGGGGGUGUCCGCAGGUCAAGUUUGACGGGUCGGGGCUCAGCCGCGGUGGUGGAGGCGGUACAGAGACACAGCGGUCGGGGUUCCAACGAGGAGCAGGGAGCCACUACGGACUACUCUCUGUGCGGCAUCGACCUGAAACAUGUCCGACACCUGCUCUCUGAGAUCAUCCAGAACAACAAGGAGCGCUGGAAAGAGCUGUCUGUUCAAGAGUUGGCCAAUAAGCAACAUGAGAGAAUGUCAGACCUGGAAGAGGAGUCCAUGAGGAACACACAAGUCACACUGUCCCGCAGCAGCCCAGCCAGAGGGAGUCUCGACUCGGAGUCAAAGUCCCUGAAUGAAAUUAACAACACGGACUCGACUCACUCGUCCCAGGACUCUCUGGACCAGAGUUCCCAGUCCCCUUUGGAGGGACCGGGUGACGGUUCAUCGGAGGAACACAGUUCAGAAACUCUGCCUUGGAACGGUAAAACAGCCUGACGUCUCACGAACGGUACGGAGCCUGAAUGUUUUUAAUCAGAAACAGGAUGAUGCACACAGCAUUGUCCUCAUUGUAUUGUAAUGCUAUUAUACUCUCGGGCUCGGAGGGAUAAUUGUGCAGACGGACGCACGGAAUGUCCACGGAGCGACUCCUAGAGACGGUAGUGUGCAGUGUUGUCAUGGCGACUGUGUUAUUGCUGGAGACAGACCUCUAUCGUCCCUUGGAUUUAGCAAGUCCCUGAAACGCAACCUAUUUGCUUCCCGGGCUUUUUCCUGUUUGUUAAUAAGGUUUGUUCAAAAAUGAUUUUAUUUUUUACAUUUUUUUUUUUUUUGUAGACUGUGUCGUUAUUUAUUAAAGAUUACGCAGUUACCCUUUGCACCACAAUUAGUUUCCGUAUUUUAUUCUCGAUGCGGUCAUGCUUACCAGCUCUUUGCGGCACAUUAAGGUCAGAAUGACUGGAAUAUUUUAAGUACUUCAUUCUGGCAUUAUGUGUCUCUGUAGACUUAUGAAUGUUAUCCCCUCCGAUUUCCAGAACAAUCCAUAAAGAGCUUUUUUUUAUUAUUAUUGUAGCAUGACACGUAUAUAGUAUUUGCAACUGUAAAAAUUUAGAACAUGCCGCCUAUGAAAUCAUGAGCCAAUUUUUACCUAAAAGUAGAGGUACAUGUCCUCAAGGGGGCGAUAUUUCAUUUUAACAAACCACAUUGAUGUCCCUUCAAUCAUGCUCUCUAAAUGAACAGAACUGUGUCCCUUUAAAUCCAUACAGUAUUUUAGUACAGCGUCUAAAUAAAUGUUACAUACAUUGGCGGUGUUCGGAAUGGAAUACUAAUUCACUGAACACUGUGCAGCAUGUACUGUUUAAAAUAGUGAAACAGAAUGCAUUUUGUAACAAUCAACAUUUAAAACAGCUCUAUUUUGCAUUUACAAUCUAGUUUUGUGUAAAAACGUGUUAACAUUUGGAAGCUAAUAUUGCAUUCUAUUCAUGACACUGGAAAUGAACAGGUCAAAUUAAGCACAUUGCAUACAUUAUUCAGUGUAUACUGCUCAUUUGGCAGAUGUAGAUCAUUUCAGAAUACUGUGCUCUGUAUACAUAGGCCUACUUUAUAAGAUACUACAGAAACUGUAAAAGUAGUAUGCUUUUCUGAACACCGCCAUUCUCAGAAUCUCAGAACAUGCUAAACAUAUGCUACCAAAUCACUGUAUCAUGUUUUAUAAUGUUUAUGUGAAAAUACUGAUUUUUUUUUUUUUUUUUUUUUUUUUUGCAUUAUAUAUGACAUAAAUGGCCGAAAACAAGAUUUUUGUCAUUUGUAUUUUAUUUCAGGUCUGAGGUUUGUGCUGAAGUAACACUUGCAGUCCUCAUCUUCACACACAGAGGUUAAAAGCACAUUUGAGCUCAGGGUUGGUUAAAUUGUAAAAAGUAAGUUUAUUAAACAGAAAGGCAUCAAAAAAGAAGACUGCAUCUCACAUAGUCAGCACAUUUGUCCCCAAAGCUGCAAAGAAUUUGCGUGUGUGUGUGUAAAUUAAACCAUCAUAAAUUCAGUACAACAAAUACUAUAAUUGUAAAAAAAAUAAAUAAAUAAAUUGUAAGAUAAAUGUAUUUUCUUUGCAUUCAAUAUUAAUUGUCAUGAAAAGACAUCAUGCAAAAAAGACUAUUUUUUUAUGGAACAAAAUGUUUCAUUUCUUUCUUUCUUUUUGGUGGGAAAUGUACCUAGACAUUUCUUAGUUUUGUGAGAUUAACCUAUAAUUGUUAAGGCUUUAUAAACUUUAUGAAUGUGCUAUACUGAAGUCAACAAUGAGAGACUGAGACAUUUUGUUAUUCAUUCAGUACAGUUUUUGGAAAUACUUGUUCAACUACUACUGAUUUAAAAAAUAUGAAUAUGGUGCUGUUAACAAGCCCUCGUCUGUUCAAACACAUUUAAAAAUUGCCCUGUUAUAAUGUAGAAAUCUCUUCUGACACUGAAGUGAUAUAAGGCUGAUUAUUUUUACAUAAUUUCAUUAUUUUCAGUGUCUGUAUGCCUGAGUGUGUGUCAAAAGAUCUAAAAUAACCAUGUUAGCAUCAGGGUUUGAAAAAAACCUUUUCACUCACUGAUAUAUUUGGCUACUAAACUUCUACUAGCCAAAACAAACCUAUCAGAAAUAAACCAGAUUAUCAGUCACAGCUUAGAUUUAAAUAUAUUUAUUAUUAAAUCUGAUUCUGAAUCAUUGCAUUGCUUUCAGCUUUACAACAGUCGAUCAAUGUUUGCGGAUAUCAUUCAAAUAAAAUGGAAAUAAAAA